AUGGAGACCAGCUACAUCAAACCAAGGCAUGACCGCCACCUACAACAAACCUUUGUAGUUGCCAACACGACGCGCAAGAGGACGAAGCAGAAGCUCAACGCACCGUCCAUCGUCGCGCCCGCAUGCUUCGCCCUGCGCAUCCACCACCGCACAUGCAACGCCGCGCAACCACCAUCGGUCGCACAGGAAGGUGUCCCCCUUGGACUCGGGCCACUCAACGUCACCCUCGCUGUCACCGGUGCUGCUCACGAAGCCGCACGCGGACAUCGAGCCAACAUACGCCGCGGCGAUCUAUCCGUCGCCCAAGCCCAUCGUCACCGCAGGCGCCCCAGAGGCACACCCUCGUCUUGCUCGACACACUCCUUGCCGCCGGCGUGCGCACCUUCAUCGAACUCACUGACCCACACGAACUCUUCCUGUACUACCUACUCCUCGCUGUCACGAGCUCGUCCCAUACUACUUGCACCUCGCUGCGUGCUGCUCGACAUCGACCUGCGCAAGGUCGUGUACCACAACUUGCCUAUCCGCGACCGCAGUCUGCCCAAGAGUGUCGACCUCGUGUGCCGCAUCCUUACUGUGCUCCGCGGCCUUGCCGUGCUCCGUGACAAUGAGCGCCGCGAGCGCAUCUGUGCCGUCCACUGCCGCGGUGGCAUUGGCCGCGCCAGCGUUGUCAUCGGCUGCUGGCUUAUCAAGUUUGGCAUCGCACAUGAUGGCGCGGGCACUCUGCUAGAAGAGCACACGAUGGCGUCCACCUGCGCUAUGAGGAUCGUCGCGGCUUCUCCGCACUCCGCCGUGCGCACACCCCGCAACGUUACUCCUCCCGCGCAGGGACGCCGGUCUUUAAGCAAAUCGAGUUCGCGCCUAAGACCUCUAGUAAGCAGACUUAGCUAUUUACCUAUUUGUACUCCGUUGCUCAGUAUGCCGCAGCCUCCGACUACGUCGUCGUGA